UUAAAUUGAUUCAGGUCAUCGGGUGGUGUUCGUAUUGGUUUUUCUUUUCUACUCCAUAAUACGGAGUAAAAAAAUACACCGUAUUUAUGGUGUACAUUUUAGUUCCUCUUCAAAUAAAAUACAGUAUUAGUCUCCACAAAUUUCUCUCCCGAUUCAGCAACGAUCUCCUCCGGCUAAGAAAAUCGGCAGGUACUUUGUUGUCAUUUGAGUAAGCUAAUACUGUAAAGGCUACUAUUUCUAGUAAAAAUCUGGAAAGGGAAAUUUCCGACGAGAAUAUUUCAAGCAAUUAGCUAGGUUUGAAAGAAGCAAUUGUUUGAUGGCGUUGAGACGUGCUCUUGGGUGGUCUGAUGGUGAGCUCAUGCGAUCAGAUGCGAAGCCUUGCUCAAGAUUAAUGAGACAAACAGCUGGGAUUUUUACAGUUGGUGGAGCAUUGGGUUUUUGGGUCUUGUGUAGAAUGCACUAUGGAUCAAGAGUAACAAUUCCCAGAAGUCUCAGAUGGGCAGCUUGUGGAGCUGUAUCCGUUAGCUCAACAACAGCUCUUCUGGUCCGCCUUUUGAGUCCUGAAUGUGAACCCCAGAACAUAGUUGCUUAUGACAAUAAAAGCUGAGUUGCCUUUUAAAAUCAAUGUAAGAUGUAUGUUAUCCCUUGUAUGGGACAGUCAUGUAACAAACUUCUAACAUGUAGUCACUCAAUGUGAGAAGUGGUCUUUUGAUUGAUUUAUUACGAGUGCUCGCCAAAUUGUUAUUCUUGGAUUUAGUUUGA